AUGGAUGUGUUUAGCAUACAGAUCAAGGUUUAUACCUCAGUCUACCUAAGUAUACUUACAUACACCGACUUCGCAUACGCUUCUUCACUUGGUAGGUCCUACAUUUCAUCAGCCUCAAACCCAAGCCCAAGCAUGUCCUUUUCUUUUGUUAUUAAGAAACUUUUUACAUCUGCAAAGGAUAACUGGGAUCAAAUACUCCAACUGGGAUCAACUGGGAUCAACCGAGUUCAGCUGGGAGUACCUGAUUUGAGCUUGGUUCAUUCCCUGCUCGUCUCUGAACUUCUCCAAGAUACUAUCACUUUACACCUUACACCUUGUGCCUUGCGAUUUCUUCAAGACACCUUUGUGGUCGAGAUCUGCACCCAUCCCGGGUUUAAGACCGAGGAAAUUCCCCCGGCUUAUUGGCACGUCUCACAGUCUCCCCGGACUUCAUUCUUCCAAUCCUCAUUGUUUCAAGGAUCGUGA